GCGCAUAUGCGUGAAACGGAACGCACCUUUAGACUAUUUUAGACUGUUGUUCAGACGUCCCUGUCAUAGCUACCACCUUCGGUGCAAGUGUGCGGCACAGGAGAACCUAACCUCUUCAGCUUGUCACGUUAUAGCCAAGUGUAGUACGAAUAACAUCGUAACUGUACAUCAACCGAUAAGAUUAUAAUCAUGUUGAGAAUUUCUAAUUGUGUUUCACGUGUGACGUCUUCUGAAACAUCAAACGUACAUCAAAUGCCCUUCCGACGAUACGCGUCGAAGACAAACAAAAUGAAGAAAUUGAUGACGGAAUUUAAAUUCGUCUUUGGCAAAUUGCUCGAAAAGAAUACUGAAAAGAAAAAGAGAUUAGAAUUAGAAAACAUCGGCAAGAUCCCUGUACAGAAACGAAACAAGACAGAUACGGAACUGCCAUGGGUCAUGCAACAGCCUCGUAAUAAUAUCAAAAGGAUUAUCGUAUCCGCAAAAGAACGAAGUGAAUCCGAAGAUGCGAAUCGAAUAAAUCCGACAAACUCUCCGGAACACUCAAUUACGGGGACGUUAGAGGAUAAAAAACCGGCCAACCAAAAUGCCAAAAAUACUUUUCACUCCAAGUCUGAUCAAUCCACGCAAAAAAGAACACAACAAAAAAUAACACAGCAAAGUACCGACGAAAAUAAAGUCGCAGAGAACAACAAUUUCCAUGAUGGUACAUCAUCGUCCAGAUCAGACAUGACUGAUACUGAAAAUGCGGCUGCAAAGUGCAGCGUGUCUGAGAAGUUUUUCGACAUCGUCGUAAAAAAUAUACAAUCCUUCUCAGUGAUGGACAAUAAACAAGUAUCGGUAGAAUUAACAGAAACGUUGUCGAUACCCGCGAAAGAUGACGUGAAGACAAUCAAAUUUCCCAGUGUAACUAGGAUUCUAACGCACACCAUGUCGCCGGAGUCGAAGUUAGCGUUGGACGCGUGGAAGAAAAGAAUGACAGAGAAACUUGGGAAGGAGGGUUUCGACAAGUAUCAGAAAGCGCUGUUGAACGACGGAUCAUCCCUGCACACGUGCAUAGCACACAACCUGCAGGGGAAAGAAUACGAGAUACCCUCCAGGAUCGAGCCGGUCUUCAACAGCGUACGUAGCGUCCUGAAAGACGUGAGCCACGUGAAAGCCAUCGAAGCACACGUGGCUCACACGAAACUACGCUACAAGGGUAUAGUCGACUGCGUAGCUUCGUAUAGGGGCGAGGACUACGUGAUCGAUUGGAAGAAGUCGGAUAAGAAGAAAUUGGACUUGAAGGAGACUUAUGACGCGCCCAUGCAAGUGGCUGCAUAUAUCGGCGCUAUCAAUGCUUCCAAUUUAUAUCCAUUCGUGAUAAAACGCGGGUUAAUCGUGAUUGCCUACACGUGCGGCGAGCCAGCGACGGUGCACGAGAUGUGCGGCGACACGCUGCAGGAAUACUGGACGAUGUGGUUACGGCGUUUGCAGCAGUACCACGUCGAAAGCCGGCGAGCACCGGCGACAAUAUGAGCAAUAAAACGCUAAUGUAACGGCGCGCCGUCGUAUAUUCAUUAAAACUUCCUCACACAAAGUCCCCCCCAAUUAAAUCCUUAUCCGUCAGCCGCAGGUAACUCUCGACGUCAGCGGCCCAAGUUUUUAAUUCCUUCCCUAGCGCGUCAGAAGUUGCAAUAAUCUAUAGUCUUCGGGGAGUAGUUGGAAAAGCUCUCCUCGUCCGAGUCGGAGGAAGCCGCGAAGGACGCGAGAGGAGCGAAGCAAGAGGAAAACCGCGUCGAUACGGCGAUUCAUUAAGCUCAGCGCAGUGAGCCCGGGGCUGCUGAUGAUUCACGAGAAUCAUACGCACUUUUUCCGACCGGCCGAUAAACGACAUAUAAUGAUUGUAAAAGGAAACGCGAGCCAUGAUCAAUUAUACAUAACUUUGUAAAAUAUAUUU